AUGAUCAGGACUAUGUCCGUUUCGAAUUUUGCCUCUCUUACUCACCCACAACGAGUCAGGUACCUGUACAAAUUAAUUCUCCGACUUCAUCGUGCACUUCCUCCGGAUAUGGCUGAAUUAGGGAACCGAUACGUCCGAGAAGAAUUCCGGAAGCAUAAGAACAGUCCACCGGCGUUUAUUCGUUCCUUUAUGGUAGAGUGGAGCGACGCAAGUACUGUGAUUGAACUGACUGCCUCCUCGCUCUCCCCCAGGUUCCGGUUGCGCACCUCUGGUGAUGCAGAGACCACUGCAGCUGGAUAUGCUGGGGUGAGUAUUGUAUUGAGCGAACAAGUUGAAGCGUCUCUGCUUGACUGGAUACCCGUUGACAGUCGCCUCUAUGCGGUUCGUUUGGCAACAUCUGCGAGAGAAUCUAGAGGAAGUGAGGUUCGUCGCACCCCGUUUAUUUUGUCUGCAUACGCUCUAACUGAUUGUAGCUUUGAAUUAGCCAAGGACAGUUUCUAUGACGCUCUAGGUGCCCCUCUGCAGCAGGCUGAAAGCUCAGAUAUAUUCGUGGUUGUUGGUAAUAUGAACGCCCAGCGUUAUGCCAUCGAACUGUCAAAACAGGUCCGUAACCUUCCGCGCUCAGACUCCAAAGAAUGCGUCUACCUUGGUAAAGUGUUGGAUGAAUCUCAGCUAAAGUAUUUUAACGAGGCACAGUUGGAGCAGUUGCUUGAAUUGGCCAAGGAGAUUCAUUCACCAGCGAAACCAUCCGAAGCAGCGCCUUGAUGCCUCUGAAAUUAUCUGAGGUCCCUCUUGCAUUUUACUGUACACCGGGGAUCCCAUUGUUGUGAUUUCCUUGAAAGCACUUUUUACCUAGUGUGGUGUCCACAUGCAUCGCUUGUACAUUCAGGUUUUUCCUUGUACCACCUAUUCCUGAACUCUGUCAUCUCUUUUCAAGUUACUUAUUGACCAGACGGAAAUUUUACUUCCCGCUUCGUAGGCCACUUUUGCGAAGUCUCCCACCAGCAUUUGCAUAAUUUGUUAUACCCUCGAGUGGAGGUCCGAUCCCCUUUCCCGUGUUGGUUUCGCAAUAGGAUCAACGUCCGGCAAGAAAUGCUAACCAGAUCACACCGGUGGGCAUUCCAAAUUCCGGGGAGCCAGUUUGUUUUGGUUCAAUUUUCACCAGGUACGGGUUUCAUAAGGCCUUCGAUUUUUCAACGCUUCAACUUACAAUACAUGCUGGGAAGAAGUUCUUCCGGCGGACUAAUAUAUUCCACGACACCAUAGGCGAAAAUUGCUGGACGGGAAUCUUCCCUAUAGAGCACUUACCAUCCCACCGAUGUGAAAUGCUUGUUGAUGAACCUUAAGGGGAAAUGCGCAUGGCGUUUCUACCGUCGGUUCAAUCAAGCUUGACUUCAUGUCAUCCUAUCUAAAACUGUUUCAGUGUGACCUCAGAAGCUGGAAAAUCCUCUUGUUCAACACAGUGCCUCUGAGAAAACACCUUCGAGGCUUCGAACUCAUACAGAAGAAAACUCCGACUAAAACCGCUUUGUCCCCUGGAUCUGUAUGAAUAAGUGACUCGUCAUUGAUAUCCCUUAAUUGAACUGCGUUUACCGAAUGUAUGCCUGUCAUGGCUCGGGGUUUCACUAACCUCGUUUACUAAGACGUAAGUGGUACAAACUAGUUCACUUGACACACCUCUC